GGUGGAUUUGGUCAGCAACAGCAACCACAAGCGGGUGUUACAGGGUUUGGCCAACAGGCAGCUGGUUCUACUGUAGGUGCCGGUGGAUUUGGGCAACCUGCUACUGGUGGAUUUGGUCAAGCAGCUGGUCGUGGUACAACAGGUGGAUUUGGUCAACCUGCAACUGGUGGAUUUGGACAACCUGCAACUGGUGGAUUUGGUCAGCCUGCUACUGGUGGAUUUGGUCAACCUGCAACUGGUGGAUUUGGUCAACCUGCUACUGGCGGAUUUGGACAACCGGCUACUGGUGGAUUUGGUCAGCCUGCUACUGGUGGAUUUGGACAAGCAGGACGGGGAACAUCGUUUGGAGGAUCUACGGGUGGUUUUGGCACUACAGGUGGUGGCUUUGGUCAAGUGGGCGGGUCAACAACUGCAGGGGUUGGAGCUAAUACUUCAGCCAAUGCUAUGCCAUUUCUUAACUUACCAGACUUUGCAGAUAAACCAUAUGGUAAUGUGUUACUUUUUGCACCGGAUGAGGAACCAAAGAAACCUGUGACAACUGCUGCAUCCUUACCUACUGUUCCAACAGUUGCAAUUAUUCCAACUUCAAUGUCACAUUAUCAACAGAGAAUGAAAAUAGGGACACCAGCACCUAAUGCAAAUGCUACUUUAAAACAACAAUCUGCCUCAUUCUCUACUAACGCUCUUUCACCUGUGGCACUCCGAGAUCUUAUCAGUUCUCCCAAGGUAACAUUGGGUAUACCAGAUGAGGUAAAACCUACUACUUCUCCAACAGCUGUUAGAGCUUUAUUAACUACAUCAAAUUAUUCUGCUCCAGAUUCUACUUCUUAUGCCCCUACCUGUACGAGCAGUGAUUAUAUCCUUGAUCCUCCAUUAGAGGUAUUACAGGAGUUUUCUAUCAAAAAAUUACAGAAUUUACGUGAAUUCAGUAUUUACCGUCGUGAUGGUAAAUGUUCUGUACAUUUUCUUGAACCGGUUAACCUUGUUCGAUGUGAUAUUUCAGAUGUUGUGUCUCUUCGUCCAAAUGGUGAGGUGGUAUUUUAUCCAGGUGUUAACGUUCCACCACCACUUGGUCAUGGUUUGCGUGUUCGAGCUCGUGUAACGGUAAAUGGUGUUGUUGAUACGACAUCAGAUGAACUUCGUGAACUUUGUCGUAGGAAUGGAAAUCUGUUUGACUCUUAUGAUGCGAAAAAAGGAACCUGGGUAUAUACAACCAAUAUAAGUGAAGAAGAAGCAGAUGAAGAUAAUGAUGAUGAUUAUGAUAAUAUUGAUGUUGAUAUAAAAGAUAUGGAAGAAGAAGAUGACAGGUUUCCACCAGAAAUUGAAAGAAUAUCAACCUAUGGUGAAUCUUUGGAUGAUGUUGUUCAUACUCCAGCUGCUCUAGAUAUGAGUAAAUGUUCUCGACAGUUGACUCCGACACGUACAGGAGUUGUACCACCUGCAUCCCUUACUCGAAAUAUUUCUCGUACAGAUAAGUCAUCUGUACUCCCUGUACGAUCACAGGAAGUAACGGUACGGGAUCAAAUGGUUCUUGAAGGUUUAUCUAAUGAAGGAGCCACAGUUGAAGAUAUUAAAUUACCAUACAAUCUUCCUGAUAUUCACCAAGAGGCACCUCGUGAGCGUAAAGGAGCGAUGCUUAUUAAAGGUCAACUUACUGAAGUAUUUACCCCUGUGUAUGUUGUGAAGAAAACAGAUUCUAAGAUAUAUGAAAUGAAUGCUAGUGUUGUUUCACAGAGUGCUAUGGGAAGUUUGGGUAGAAGUUUUCGUUGUGGAUGGCAAUUAGGAGGAAAUCUUGCUGUUCCUUUAUUUGCAUGGCUUCGUGAUGGAACAGAAAACAAGAAAAAUCCUGAUGAAGUUAGUGGAGCACGAGUAUCAAUAAUGAAUCCUUUCUUUGCUCAUGCAUCAAGUAAGAAUUACUUACAAAGCUGUGCUAUAUCAGUUCUUCGUACAUUUUGUCGUUAUAUUCAUCUUGUUGAGGGAACUGCUGAUAAAGAUAAUCAUUUUUCACUCAUUUUUCUAAAUUUAUGUCGACAAAGCAGUAAUGUUUCACUUUCAAGUGAAAAACUACGUGAACUUAUUGCAGCUAUUGAUGCAGUACGAUGUGAAAGGAUUUCUGUGAUGGAAAAAUCUACUGCUCGUCAAGCAAAGACUGUUUUAAAUCUUCUUGACGCUCUUUAUGGAUUACCUGAAACGGAUAAAGCAGAAAAUAAUGCAGUUGCUGAGAAUCGUUACCUAACGCAACUACGAAGAAGAAAUCUUAAUAUAUGGCUAAAGGGAGAAUUGGCAUUUAUGGAUUCUUGGACAGAGGAGGAUCUUGGAAUGAACAGUACACAAAAAUUACUCUGUAAGCUUCUUUGUCAUAAAUUAAAGGAUGCAGUUUCCAUUGCAAAAACGACAGGAAAUACAGAAUUAUCAAGAGUUUUGGGAAUAUGUGGUGAUGGAAAUCAAUUUGGCAGUUUUGUUACAACAGCAAACACAAAAUCUUUAGAUGAAGAUAUGAGUGUACGUGAGCGUGUAGUAAGUCUUUUAUCUGGUGUAGUAGAACCUUUUAUUACCCAACCACGAUUUAAACGUGUAGCGCAACAAGAUAAAGGUAAUAACUCGAAUGAAGUUGUUUCUAUUGUUCCCCUCGCUGCAACGUGGAAACAGUUAUUGGGUGUAUUUGCCUUCUACGGUUGUACACCAGAUACACCAGCGGAAGAUAUCAUUGCGGCAUUUCUUGAACGACUGCAUGCACCGGCAUCACGUGAGGAAAAUGCAUUCCCGCCUUAUGCUGAUCACAUCGCCCCCAGUCUGUUGAAAACAGCUCGUGGACAAGAUUUUAUUCAUCGUGGAGAUGAAUUUCAGGAUGCGGCGUUAAGUCUAUUGGAGGGAUUUACAAUGGGUGUGGCACCAGCAGCAAGUGCCUUACAUCCACAUGCUUCCAGUUACUGUCCAUCCGACUAUUUAACACCAUUUAUCAUUCUUGUUGCUAUUCGCGCACUAAAAUUAGAGCGAACAGACAACUAUAAAGAUGCCGAGACGAAAGUACUUAUUGGAUUUUCAGCUGCACUAGAGUGUCUAACGGAUGCAUGGUUUUGGGCUCUUAUUCCUCUUCAUAUGAUAGAAGAUGUGAAUGCUCGUUCGGUGGCUGUGAAGGACUGUCUUCGCCGUAAUGCCCUUCGCUUUAGGGAGAGUCAUUGUAGUAAUCAUGCCGAUUACCGACAUAUUAUGGAACUUAUAAAGGCAGAUGUCUCCUUGUUGGAACCGGAAUGUUUACCAGAGGAAAUGCCUUUACAGACUCCUGCGAAUGCCCCGAGUAUCCGAACUCAUACUUCUUUACAAGAUGCACUUGACAAAUUCAGGCGAGAUUUUUGUAAGCAAUAG